AUGUCUCCUGCAUCAAAAUCCAAGACCAAGUCCAAGGAUAAGGCCUCCGCAAAGGCUGCUAAAGAACUACAGAAGACAUCUAUUAAGCCUUCUGGAUCAACCAAUGCUGUAAGUGGGAAUCCAGCAAAUGCUUAUAAUCCAAUCUCUGGGACCUUUCAUGCACUAGAAAUACCAGCAGCUGCUGCUUUCCCACCCUUCCAUGACAAUGGUCGUUUCAGAAAUAUAGAUGACACAGAUGAGCAUUCUAGUAGCCCACAUGGAACACUGUCUGAGUAUGAUUCAGUUUCCAACAAUGGGAGCUGCUCUGGUGAGUCUGAAGACAUAAAAGAGAAAGCCAAUUCUACUCGGCAGGAAACAGUAUCUGUUUUAGACAGUGACAGACGUGAGAAGAUCCGUCUGAAGAAUGAGAAAAAGCACCAGCGUCAGAGAGAGAGGAGGGCGCAAGAGUUGCAUGAGCGUUGCAGUGGGUAUCUAAUGUCAAGAAAACUAGAAAGGCUUUCAGAACAGCUUCUGGCAAUGGGUUUUUCUCAUGAGCGGGCAACCUUGGCCCUUAUGUUGAAUGAGGGCAGGGUAGAAGAAUCAAUAAACUGGCUUUUUGAAGGAAGUGAAGAGGAAGCUCAAAAAAAGGACUCUAAGCUUGGAAGUGGUGGUAACCUAAAAAUUGAUAUAAACGAGGAGCUCGCUCAAAUCUCAGCAAUGGAGAAGAGAUACAAAUGCUCAAAGCAGGAGGUUGAAAGAGCUGUGGUUGCUUGUGAAGGGGAUCUAGUGAAGGCAGAAGAGACGUUGCAUGCACAAAAGCAGGACCCACCUGCUACUCCACCAGAACCUGAAGAUACUGCUGAUACCAAUAACCUGAGGGGCCCUGAAAAGCCUGUACCUUUACCUGCAACUUCAGUUACGGCACAACAGAGAACGAACGAACGCUGUUUCAACUACAAAACAGCAGUUCCAGUGCCUACAUAUUCAGAACCUGGGAGUAGAAACUUGCAAUCUCUGAAUCAACCCAAGUCACUAGCAGACAAGAGGUGGGGCACAACAGGAUCAAGCCCUGCCUUUUCAUCGCCUAUGGUACCGUCCAUGCAAGUAGCAACUCCAUCAACAAAAUUUGAUGUCCGGCUUGGUUUCACUGGAAAUGAGGGAAAAAAUGUGCAGCAGAUUGUGAGGGAACCAGUAAUAAUGAUGCAGCGCCCUCAAUCUAUAAAUGCCAAACAAAAUACAGUCCCUAGUGCAAGUACCAGACCUUCAGCAACAGCUGGAUGGUAUUCAAAUAAUGUUCCAGGUGUUGAAAAUAUGCGGUCAAAUCUUAAUUUACUUCCAAAUCACAGCACUGGAAGCCUUGGUCUUGUAAAUCAUGGCUCAGAGCAAUUUUACCAUCCUGUGCCAUACAAAGAAAACCAAUUCCUGUUUAGUGGCCCAGUAGAUUCUGCAUCAAAUAGACAUGGAGGUGCAAGAUACCCUUCACUUUCGGUUGUAUCUCAGUCACAAGGUUCGUAUGGUAAAACGACAGCGUCUUUGCCUUCACUAGCACCACCAUCCUCCCUUGGUUUAUUCACUGGUUGGGGCCCAACAGGAACUUUAGGUUCUUCACAUGUUGACUGGAAUACAGGAGGCCUGAUGCCAGAAUUUGAUUACAACAGUAUCGAUUGGACUUUGGAUUCGAACCUGUUAUCCUCCAGGUCAAAUGGGUUGUGGCUGGGUCUCUCCUCAUUACUUAGGAACACAUCUGGCACAAGGACAAGCAGUACAAAUAGUUCCUUCCUAUCAGGAUUACGGGAUGGUGGAGUUGCAAAAGAAACACCAUCCUCGGCUGGUUCGCGCGAGUGGACCUCUCCUUUUGCAGGAAAGGACAUCUUUAGUUUGCCUAGGCAGUUUGUAACUUCUCCAUCUCCUUAG